AUGAACCACUACGUGAAACCUACCCUAUGUACAACACCAUACGAGAUCAUUCUGCACAUAGGAACAAACAACCUGAGAAAUAAUAACCCUGCUGUUGUCAUUAACGCUAUGGGUAAUCUCGCCGACAAUAUUGCACGACAGAACAAGGAUGUCAAAGUUACAUUAUCUGAAGUUAUAACAAGAUCAGACGAUCACAGCAUGGUUGAAAAGGUAAAUAUUUACAAUGAACAAUUAGCUAAACUCUGCAAAGAACGCAAAUGGCAUCUAAUUAAAAACAAUAAUAUUAAUUCAUCUCACUUGAACCCAUAUGGAGUUCAUUUGAAUAGAAGGGGAACUGGAGUUUUUGCAAAAAAAACAUAAAACAAUAUUUAGGCGCUAAUAAAAGUAAGUACCAUUGACUAGAAAAUAAUAUAGAAGCAACGCCCUCAAAUGCGAUAUCUGCACGAACUAAUUUAGCUAAUCUAACAUUAAGCGAAAAUGAGAUUCCAGAUGUUGGCCAAUUUAUCCUGGGCGAUGACCCUUUAUCGGAAAGUAUAAAUAAUGACAAUAAUGUCAUUCACGAUACACCACUUGAUAAUUUAAAUGAAAAUACUAUUUGCAAUGAGCUUAAAAACUUAAAGGUUUUCGUGUCGGCCAUAUUAACAUCACUUCCCCCACAAAGCACAUCGAACAAUUAA